AUGACCAAACCCAAAACAAUCGCCAUCGUCAAUGCCUCCGGCCGCCAAGCCGCCUCCCUCAUCCGCGUCGCCUCGGCCGUCGGCUACCGCGUCCGCGCCCAAAUCCAUACCCUCGAAGGCGUCAUUCCGCAGGAACUCGCCAGUCUCCCCAACGUAACCCUCUUCAAGGGGCCCCUCCUCAACAAUGCCCCCCUAAUAACAACCCUCUUCGACGGCGCAAACCUCGCCUUCAUAAAUACCACCUCGCAGGCUGGCGAUGAGGUCGCCAUCGGCCGCGAUCUCGCCGACGCCGCCAAACGCGCCGGCUCCAUCACCCACUACAUCUACAGCUCCAUGCCGGACCAUGCCGCCUACAACCCCUCCCGCUGGAUCUCCCUGCCCCUCUGGAGCUGCAAGUUUGCCGUCGAGAACUACGUGCGCCAGCUGGGAUUGCCGGCCACGUUUGUCUAUGCGGGCAUCUACAAUAAUAACUUCACGAGCCUGCCGUACCCGCUCUUCCAGAUGGAGCUGUUGGAGAAUGGCUCGUUUGAGUGGCGCGCCCCGUUCCAUCCAGAUAUCCCGCUCCCCUGGCUCGAUGCGGAACAUGAUGUAGGACCUGCUGUGUUGCAGAUUUUCAAGGAUGGACCGAAGAAGUGGAACGGACAUCGCAUCGCCCUCUCCUUCGAAACCCUAACUCCCAACCAAGUCUGCGCCGCCUUCUCCCGCGCCCUCCGCCGCCCAUGCGUCUACACCCACUCUCCCAAAAUCGACAUCAAAGUCUCCAUCCCCGCCGGCUACCGCGAGCACCUCGAGGGCAUAGAGGUGCUGUUCGGCCAGAUGCAGGCGCCCUAUUUCCCCCAGCCGGAAUUUAUCAACGCUGGCCACGACCAGGGUCAGAACCACGUACACACUCCUAUCUCCACCGUAGCGACACCGACGACGGCGAUGACGAAGAAGAUUGCGAUGAUGAAGGGGACUGGUAUAGGUGUAGGGCAGAAACAGGGGCACGGUACGGGGAAGGGACCUGGGGAGCCGUAUGGGGGUAACCGGUCUCUGGGGCUUGUGGAUGAGGCGAGGGGUUUGUGGGAAGGGUGGAGGGAUAUGGAGGAGUAUGCGCGGGAGGUUUUCCCGGUAGAGGAGGAGGCGAAUGGGUUGGAUUGGAUGAUUUGA